AUGGCCGAAGUCAACACCAAGAGCGGCAGCGUUGCCAUCGUAAUCGCAGUCUUUAUCAGUAUCGCCUUCUACAAUGUCCUCGAACUCAAUGCCUUUAUCUUCGGCAGCUUCAAGAAGCGCAGCGGGCUCUACUUCUGGAGUUUCGUCGUCGCAACUUGGGGCAUUGCCUUCAAUGGAACGGGGUACCUCAUCCUGCACCUCUCGCUAUCCACGACGAAAUAUCUUUACUCUACACUUAUUCUCAUUGGCUGGUGUACAAUGAUCACAGGCCAGUCGGUUGUUCUGUACUCUCGGUUGCAUAUCGUGAUGCAUAACCAGCGACGACUGAGAAUGGUCUUGAUCAUGAUCAUCGUCAAUGCACUCUGGCUACACGUCCCUGUUAUUAUUCUAGUGUACGGCGUUGGUUCUUCAAACCCAGCACCUUUCCAGAAGCCAUACGAAGUCUUUGAGAAGAUCCAACUCAGCGUCUUCUUUGUCCAAGAGCUUAUCAUCUCAGGCUUGUAUGUCUGGGAGACCACAAAGCGUCUUCGACUGGAAAAGAGUGUCGGCAACACAAAGACCAAGAUGGUACUGAACCAUCUGAUACUGGUUAACGUUCUCGUCAUCUUGCUCGACGUCUCCAUUCUUGCCCUCGAGUUCGCAAACCUCUUCGACAUCCAGACUGCUUGGAAACCACUCGUCUACAGCAUCAAGCUCAAGCUAGAAUUCAGCAUCCUCAAUCGUCUCGUUGAAUUGACGAGAGGACGAAACGAUAGCUCAUACACGCGCAGUCAUGGAGCAACACACACUGACGAUGUCGGCCUGGAGACGCUGAAUCGCGACAGGAGAAAACAGUUCACCGGCGCCAAAGGAACCCUGACGGGGGACUAUGAGGUCCGAGUCGGAAAGGGCGAUGACAAUCAUCACAUGUACGGGAACGAAUCGGAGUUGGUAAAGACAACUGAGAUUACUGUCCAUAGUGAACGAUACCUGGGUCAUAGUGAUCUGGACAGAAGGGGUUUAGAGGGAGGGUCAGGGUCAGCAGAGGGUAUUCAGCGUGUGCAAAGGGGCAGUGCGUCGUCGGCUUCUUCGGAAGUUCAGUUUGCGAAGUACGGUAGUUGA